AUGUCCUACUCGGCCGCCGGGACGCAUGUUAAGCGACCAGGCGAUGAUAUCGAGGCGCUUACCACUUGCAAUUAUCUGAGGUUAUUUGGUCCCAAUAGCUACAACAGACCAGCACCCACACCGUUCUCUUACCCACCCCAGUCUUUUACCAGCUCCGCCCUAUCCACAUCUUCCCCAUCUGAUCCUACACUGACGUAUCUGAGCAGUGCUGACUUCGAGGCCUAUCUUAUUUCUCAUUUGGAAGCACUCGUUAAUGAGGAUCAGUCACAAACCGCGCUGCAUCUCCGUUGGAUAGGAAAUGUCCAAAGCAUGAUACACCGUAGGCUCAUUCAAGGUGCCACCCCACAAGAAGCAGAAGUUCUGCAUGGGGACUGGCUUGAGAACUGCAUUAACCCAGAGCUCCAACGCUUAUACGAUACUCCGAAACGCUACGCCGACAUUUCUACAGCAUGCAUACUCUCUCCCGAACCUUUGGUCGGUCGAAUCUGA